AUGCCUGACGUAUCUGAUCGAUGUCAACAUGAAUUAUGUUGUUUAAAACAAUCUAAUCCUGCAUUAUUACGCUUAUGUCGAUGUUCACAUCAAUGUGGGAAAAUGUUAUGCCGUAAGCAUUUAGUUGAACAUGAUGAAUACACUGAAAAACAAAAACAAUAUCAAAAUGAAUUAGAAGUUUUACGAAAUUCCUAUAUUGAAAUAUUUAAUGAAGAUCAAAUUCGAACAGACUUACAAAGUUUAAAUGAAAAUUUUGAAAUUCAUCUGAAUUUAAAUGAAUAUAUUAAUGAAGAUCAAAUUCGAACAGAAUUAAAAGUUUUAAAUGAAAAACUUCAAUAUCAUCAUAAAUUAAUUGAAUAUAUUGAUAGUUUAUUAUCAAUUAAUUAUUUGGAUGAAUCAAUGAAUAAGAAUGAAAAACUUCAAGCCGCUAUUAAAGUAGUACAAAAGACUAUUGCACAGGAAAAUCGAUCAAGAUCAAUAGCUUAUACAACAUCAGAUGGUGACCAGAACAAUAAUGCCAACGUUUCAACUACAGAUAAUGGCCUAGGCUCUAAAGUUGCAAAUAAUAACGAGAGUGAUGCACGAUCAAUUAUGAUGAAAGAUCGCAUAUGUAAAACGAACAGUAUUGAUUUAAUGACAUCUGAAGUUUUGGUUUUUUCAGGUGAUAGUCUCAAUGAAAAGGAUCCAAUUAUUAGUUCGGAAAGUAGUUGGAAUAGUGAUUAUGACGCUGGUGCAGUUGAUGAUAAUAAACACGGAGGUUUGUUCAGGAAUUUUAAUAUUCUUUUUUUU